GGGCCACCAAUGGCCUCCGCCGCCGCCGGCCCCGCCGCCCCCCCGGCCCCGCCGCCCGCCCCGCCCCGCCGCCGCUAUAAAGCCCCGCACCGAGCCCCGCGCUCCGCCGCGCCUCUUACAUCGACCGCCUCAGCGUCGGGCUGUGAGACCGCCCCGGACCGACCGCCGCCAUGCGCGAGUGCAUCUCCAUCCACGUGGGCCAAGCGGGCGUGCAGAUCGGCAAUGCGUGCUGGGAGCUGUACUGCCUGGAGCACGGCAUCCAGCCCGACGGGCAGAUGCCCAGCGACAAGACCAUCGGCGGGGGGGACGACUCCUUCAACACCUUCUUCAGCGAGACGGGCGCCGGCAAGCACGUGCCCCGGGCCGUGUUCGUGGACCUGGAGCCCACGGUGAUCGACGAGGUGCGCACCGGGACGUACCGGCAGCUCUUCCACCCCGAGCAGCUGAUCACGGGCAAGGAGGAUGCGGCCAACAACUACGCCCGCGGGCACUACACCAUCGGCAAGGAGAUCAUCGACCUGGUCCUUGACCGCAUCCGCAAGCUGGCUGACCAGUGCACAGGGCUGCAGGGCUUCCUGGUGUUCCACAGCUUUGGCGGUGGCACCGGCUCUGGCUUCACCUCCCUGCUGAUGGAGCGGCUCUCUGUCGACUACGGCAAGAAGUCCAAGCUGGAGUUCUCCAUCUACCCGGCCCCGCAGGUGUCCACGGCCGUGGUGGAGCCCUACAACUCCAUCCUCACCACCCACACCACCCUGGAGCACUCCGACUGUGCCUUCAUGGUGGACAACGAGGCCAUCUACGACAUCUGCCGCCGCAACCUGGACAUCGAGCGCCCCACCUACACCAACCUCAACAGGCUGAUUGGGCAGAUCGUGUCCUCCAUCACGGCCUCGCUGCGCUUUGACGGAGCCCUGAACGUCGACCUGACAGAAUUCCAGACCAACCUGGUGCCGUACCCGCGCAUCCACUUCCCGCUGGCCACCUACGCCCCGGUCAUCUCUGCAGAGAAGGCUUAUCACGAGCAGCUGUCGGUGGCCGAGAUCACCAACGCCUGCUUCGAGCCGGCCAACCAGAUGGUGAAGUGUGACCCGCGGCACGGCAAGUACAUGGCGUGCUGCCUGCUGUACCGCGGGGACGUGGUGCCCAAGGAUGUCAACGCCGCCAUCGCCACCAUCAAAACCAAGCGCACCAUCCAGUUUGUGGACUGGUGCCCCACUGGUUUCAAGGUGGGCAUCAACUACCAGCCGCCCACGGUGGUGCCCGGGGGCGACCUGGCCAAGGUGCAGCGCGCCGUGUGCAUGCUGAGCAACACCACGGCCAUCGCCGAGGCCUGGGCCCGCCUGGACCACAAGUUUGACCUGAUGUACGCCAAGCGGGCGUUCGUGCACUGGUACGUGGGGGAGGGCAUGGAGGAGGGAGAGUUCUCAGAGGCCCGUGAGGAUAUGGCUGCCCUGGAGAAGGAUUAUGAGGAGGUGGGGGUGGAUUCUGUGGAAGGAGAGGGAGAGGAGGAAGGGGAGGAAUACUAAAUUCACAAGGGUGCUGCUUGAACAGGGAACAUAAACUAGGUGAGACCCCACGGGGUCUGUAGCAGUGUGUGCGCCACGGUCUGUCCUGUCAAUGGUCUGUGCUUCAAUGGAAAAGUCUGUGAUGGACUCACCCGUCCUCUCCUGUGGGUCUGAAUAAAAAGCAUUCCCUGUCUUA